AUGCUUAUUCGACUAUAUUUACUAUGGCUGGCGGGCUUUAUGGUACUGUCUUUGGACGAAAGUUCGAUCCAACCGAAUGGUGAUUGGAUGACGAUCUCAUCGCGCUCCCCAGACAAGGAGCCGUCGCCACCAAAACAGAUCAACUUCGCGGAACCCCUGGUCGAGUCAGUGCGCGUGUACCUUGCCAAUGAGCUGCCAUCUAAGCAGCUAGCACUGGUACCGCGCGCGCCUUCGCCGCCGCCGUCGCCAUCACCGCCAGCUACGCCGCCGCUCUGCGAUGUCGACAUAGCCUCGCACACCGCACACGAGGAAAUCAAAGGAAUCAAUUUCGAAGCGCGCCUUAAGCGGAAUGACCUAAACAACAACGCGUCACGACAACAGACAGAGCGGCGACACAACGGUGACAUGCCCAGCCAAGCAGAACUUAUGCAGCGACAACCGCUGCUGGCGCGCACCGUCAAGACAGACGCGCCGCAGCCCACCACCGACGAGUCCGAUCCCGACCAGGAUCACUCGCCGCAACGCACGCAUGCAGGCGACUUCAUUGUAGAGAUUCCGCCGGGCGCCGUAAGGGAGGAGAGAUAUCCCAAAGAAAUAUGGAAAACUAUUAUAUCAUUCUUCUUCCUAUUUUUAUGCGUUUGUGUAAAUAUGAUGUCACUGUCUUUAGUACACGAACGACUGCCAGACAGAAACACAACGCCACCGCUCAACGAUAUAAUACUAGACAACGUCGCAGCACGAGACUGGGGCCUCGCCGUGUCCGAGUAUCUCAUCAUGAUAUCGACGACAGUAGCCAUGCUGGUGGUCGUCUUCCACAAGCAUCGGUUUAUCGUCGCCCGACGCUUGUUCUUUAUAAUCGGUCUGUUGUACCUGUACCGGUCGGUCACCAUGUUCGUGACCGUGCUACCAGUGUCCAGCACCACAUACUAUUGCAGCCCCAAAAGCAAUAACACUACGCCACUACUAGUCAUCAAGAGAAUGUUCUACUUAAUAUCUGGCUUCGGGUUGUCAAUAAAUGGCAAGCACACGUACUGUGGCGACUACAUAUACUCAGGGCACACGAUGGUCCUAGUGCUAAGUUACCUCAUCGUAGCAGAGUACUCGCCGAAGAAGCUGUGGCCGAUGCACUGGGCCAUGUGGGGCUCGGCGCUGCUCGGAGUGUCGUUCGUGCUGCUGGCGCACGGCCACUACACGGUGGAUGUGGUGAUAGCAUAUUACGUGACGACACGGCUGUUUUGGACGUUCCAUUCGUUGUUAGUGACGCCUCACCGCAGCGGCAACGGCUACAACCACUACAUGAUCCAGCGGGAGUGGUGGUACUGGCUGUUCACGUACCUGGAGCGCAACGUGCGCGGGCCAGUGCCGCGUCGAUACGACUGGCCGCUGCCGUGGCCGCGUACAAAGCUCUUCAGCCGGCUCAGCUAG